AUGGGUAAUGAUCGAGAUGAUUUAGAUAGAAAAUUACAAGAAAUAAAAAAGAUUUUUAUUUUUUAUUUUAGUACUAAUCCAUUAGUUUUUCUUGGUUAUAUAACAUCAGAACCAUUUAGUCGUGAUUAUCGAAGAUUAACUUCAGUUGCAAAAGAUAUUGAUCCAACAGAUAAAGAUCGAUGGUGUCAAUAUAUUUUAUAUAAAAAUUUAAUUCAUAUUGGUUAUGCUCGAAUUACUCAUGGAAGUUUGACUGAUACAGAAAUUCAAAUGGCUACAUUUAAGAUUCGAACAAGUGAAAAAUUUGAUGAUCAUUCAAUUUUAGUUACUGAUCCAUCAGUUGUUACUGAACAAUCAGUUCUUUUUAAUUCAAAGGGACAUGAUUAUUUAAAUACUCAUCGUUUUCAUAUGAAUACACCAAAAUAUUUUCUUGCACGUGAACAUCAAACUAAUUAA